CAUGGCAGCUGUAGUAUCGGUGGCUCCGGGUCAAGGCCCAGCGGAGUGGAGUAAUAUGGGCGGCAUCGGGUAUAGGGCAGAGACAGCUUUGUAUCAGCUUCGCUGCUGAACCCCUGAGCCCAUCGUUAGAGACCUGAGGACUCUUUCCCCCAUUUUAGACUCGGAGGAGAGUUUGUUGGGACUGGUGGGCUGGUCCCAGCCUGGGGGGGGACUGCCCCAGGGACAUAGGGGCGCCGGGAGAAAGAACAAGUUUGCUUGGGUUUUCCUCCUUUUCCUGCUGCCACCUGGGACGUUGUCUGUGGAGGGAGUGGGCCCAUUGUGCCACCAUUCCGACCAUUGAAGAAAUCGCUCUUUCGCAUACAUUUAACUGUUAACCGUAGGGAAUCCAGUGACUGGCAUCUGAAAACGCAGGGGCCGGGACCUGAGAUUGCUGAAAGUUCUCUCUGGUGCUAAUAUCAGAAAAAAGGGGCUGUUUCCAGGUGCGUUCCAGAGAAGGGUUUCGUGAACACGUCUGCUGGUGGGGAGGACGAAAGAACUGGAAAGUCCACUUGUUCUCUUGGGAACACCACACGCGUUUAAGAACCUAAGGACCCUUUGAAGCCGCUGAAAAUUUGUAGUCGGCUGGCGGUGGGUAAAUAAAGGAGGACAGAAUGGAUGAUUUCAUCUCCAUUAGUCUGCUGUCUCUGGCUAUGUUGGUGGGAUGUUACGUGGCUGGAAUCGUUCCUUUGGCUGUUAAUUUCUCUGAGGAGCGGCUAAAGCUGGUGACUGUUUUGGGUGCUGGCCUUCUCUGUGGAACUGCACUGGCGGUCAUCGUGCCCGAAGGAGUACACGCACUUUAUGAAGAUAUUCUUGAGGGUAAACACCACCAAGUGAGUGAAACACAGAAUGUGAUUGCAUCAGACAAAGCAGCAGAAAUACCAGUUGCCCAUGAACAUGAGCACAACCAUGACCACACACAGCUGCAUGCCUAUAUUGGUGUUUCCCUCGUGCUGGGCUUCGUUUUCAUGUUGCUGGUAGACCAGAUUGGCAGCUCCCAUGUGCAUUCUACUGAUGAUCCAGAAACAGCAAGGCCCAGCAAUUCCAAAAUCACCACCACACUGGGUCUGGUCGUCCAUGCUGCAGCGGAUGGUGUGGCCUUAGGAGCAGCAGCCUCUACUUCACAGACUAGCGUCCAGUUAAUUGUGUUUGUGGCAAUAAUGCUACAUAAGGCACCAGCUGCUUUUGGGCUGGUUUCUUUCCUAAUGCAUGCUGGCCUAGAACGGAAUCGAAUCAGAAAACACUUACUGGUCUUUGCACUGGCAGCCCCAGUCAUGUCCAUGGUGACAUACUUAGGACUAAGUAAGAGCAGUAAAGAAGCCCUUUCAGAGGUCAAUGCCACUGGAGUGGCCAUGCUUUUCUCUGCCGGGACAUUUCUUUAUGUUGCCACAGUACAUGUCCUCCCUGAGGUGGGCGGAAUGGGGCACAGCCACAGAUCUGACCCCACUGGCGGGAGGGGCCUCAGCCGCCUGGAGGUGGCCGCCCUGGUUCUGGGUUGCCUCAUCCCGCUCAUCCUGUCAGUAGGACACCAGCAUUAAAGGUCGGAUUCGGGCCUCAGGCCACAGCUGUUCGCCAUCCCGUGAGAACAGCCAGCACGUGACAGCUGCUCACCCCCUCAGUCUCUUGUCUCACCUUGCCCCAUCUCCACCUGUGUUCUUAGAGUCCGGAGGGAGGUGAGAUUAAAACCUGGAGUAAUGGAAAGCUUUUAGAGUAGAAACAACACACUGCGACUGGAUAGAGACAUUCCGUUGUGUUGUUUUUUUUAAAGGGCCCUUGGCAUUUUGAGUUUUGAUGUUUCUCUUAACCCUAUGCUCAGGGAAGAUGGAAUUUCAUUUUAAGGAAAAGUGGAGAACUUCAUACUCACAAUGAAAUAGUAAUUAUGAAAGUACAGUGUUCUGUAAUUAAGCUAGAUCUCUGUCUUAGUUUAGAGGCUCUGCCACUUACUUUAUCCAUUGAUUUUUAACAUGGUUCUCACCGUGUAAGACUGGUGCUUUAGCAUCUGUGCCACACGCCUUGAU